AUGCCGGACCGGACCGGGUCAUCGCUUGUUCAACCUGACCAUCGCAAUUCAUACCGUACUCUCCUUGAUCCUCCAUCGCCAUCCGUGGUAUGCUCUACUGCGAAGAAAUCGGAUAACAUGAUGCCAUGCACAAGAGAACCAGAGACAAUUCUCAAACCCCCCAUCUGCGCUUCUGUGGUUGUUCGAUGUGUAGAAAAGAACCUUAGAGUGGCAAGCUCUGAAAUAUUUUUGUCGGGGAUAGAUAACUUGGUGUCGAACUGUCCUUCACGUUUGGUCUUGGCUGGGAUAUCUGACAUGCCGAAUACUUCUCCCGAUAUUGCGAGUUAUGAUGGUCAGCGUGAGAAGAUGCUGCUUGCCGGUGAUAUGAAUGGCCCAGAAAAACAAUAUCAUGGGACGAUAAAUAAAGAAGCAUUGAUUAUGAUCCUACGUAUCGAGAGUUGUCAUGACGAUGUGCGUUCUUCCAACUCCUCCGGUGUUCAACAAUACCUCAACGAUAUCUUUAGGCUGUCGUCAUACAAUCAUAGCGCAUUCACUGUUGCCCUUUCGUGCAAUGCCAUAACUUGUUGCCUUCUGUUCGUGUCAUGCGAGACCAAAAAUCCCUGGCCCGCCAUCCUCCUAAAAUUGCCGUCAUCGCCCUCUCCUCUGUACCACACAGCCGCAAUCACCGUCGUUCACAGAUUUUUUGUUAAAUCCCUAAAUUCCCGAGGCCGAAACAACAUACCGCGCAUCUACAGUUUGCGAAGCGUGGAGCGGUUAUGCAAUGAUUCUAGUCUCUUCGAUAUUCGAACGUCCCGUUUGGGAUAUCAUGGGGAGAGCGACGAAAACAUGGUUGGGGCUCGAAGCCACAGACGUUUGGAAUCUGCAGCAUGGCCGCCCGAUUCCGACCCUUAA